AAUUGAUGAGUGGCACUCAACAGAUUGUGACAAUGCUACUCCUAUAUGCUGUUGUAUGAAAUCUACAAAGCCUGUGCAAGAGGACAUGCAUCAAUCCAUUGUCAAUCUGAAUGAUGCUGAGAAGGCUGCCCAAGGAUCAUUUGAACAGUUACUUGUUUGGGGAAGCACAAGACUUUGGCAGAAUCUAAGCCAAGAGAGUAAACUUCUUGAAACAAUUCAAAAGAGUGUUGAUCAUGAUCCCAAGGAAUCUCUUACUAACCAGGAUGAGCUUAUUGGAUUAGCGACAAACGUCUUCCAGUUGGACAUUAACACAGAUGACAACAUUCUUCCAGCUGUACUUGAAACACUCCAGAACAUAGAUGCCACAGUAUCUUCAAAUACGCAAGCUGUAUCUGAUCCGCAACUACAGACAGGUGUGAGAGGGACUAAGCCAAUUAACUCUCAGGUGAAUGAACUCCAUUCUAACCUUCUCAGUUCCGAUGAUGAAACUGAUUCUGUUAUUUCAAUGUGUGAACCGUUGAGUACUUCAUCAUCAGACAUAGAAAUUGACAAUCCUUUAUUCUACAAUGGGGGAAGUUUUGAAAAAUCAAGUCCUUCUGUUAUUGAAAAUAAAGUGGGUCAAUCUAAUUCUAUCAGUCUUAAAUGCCCCCAGAAACUGCUAGAUAGUCUUGAAUACCAUGUGCAUGUAAAAAGCUCAAAGGAUGCCAAUCUCCAAUCCCCUGUACAAUGUUCAGAUGACGUUAACAUGGAAGCCCCAGAACAAUACUCAAAGGAUUUUCUCAAAUCACCAAUAGAACAACACUCACAAGAUGUCAAUAUGUUUUAUCCUAUUCAGUCUUCAAAUGAUGUCAUCACACAUUCCAAUGAAUAUGAUACUCUUGAUGAUAUGGAUGAAAUGCUUCCUCGUCACGAUCAAAAUAUGGAUGAUGCUUCUGUUCAAUCAGACUGCACUUCUUAUGUUAUCCCACAUAUAUUUGGAUUGAAAAAACAUGUAGCACCCCCAUUACUUUGCCUUCAUCCAUCACCAUACAUUGGCAAAGAUGACGAUAUUGGGAAACUGAAGGAGAUUUUGGAUGAUAUAUUAAUUAAAUUGGGAUAUCUAAAUGAAGACACGUCAGCAUACAGAAAAGUACUUUGUGGCCCUGAUAACAAGAUUGGCAACAAUCUAUUGAAACUCAUCAAGUCAAACCCGAAAUAUGAAGUGUUUAUAGCAGAAUUUCCAUGUCUUCAUUUAAGGAAAUCAAUGAUAAACACAAUUUUCAAAUCUUAUUCACAAGCUGGAAUUGUCGAGAUGCUAAGGUACUUGAAAGAUGAUGACAAAGCUGAUUGGAACAAAUUACUGUCUGCUGCAAGCAUUGAAUCUGCCCAACGAUAUGUCAAGCGUCUAUCACCCAGUCUCCAUAUGUCAGUUAUGAUUGGAUUCAUGUAUUCGCUACCCCCAUUUGAAGCAUCUGCAUUACUUAAUGAUCUGAGAACAGAAAAGCCAUCACACAAUGCAAAAGAGUGGCAAGAACGAUAUGACAGAUACAUAGAGACAAAAAAAAGAAGUCGAUGCCACAUUUUGCCUUCAUCUGAACAUGAUGAAACAUAUGGAUGA